AGUUGAACAAGUACGGUACAGCAAGGUGAAAUUCUAGAACAAACAAAUGACAUCAUACUUAAUUUCUUCAUGUUACUGAUAUCGAUCUGCAAUCGAUCUGUGACAUGAUACGACGAUUUCGACUACUAUAGACGCUGUCCCAUUUUUUUGCACUCCUAGGUGAUUUUAAAGGUAAGUAUACACAUAUGCAAUCAAUUGCUUGCUCGAUUCGUAGCGCUAAGUGAGGUUGAUAUCCUGCCAGUAAUCUAGCUGAUAAGACGAAUACGAUGACCACGAGCGUAGAACAGGGAGAUGCUCUUGUAACGUCCACCGAUCCUCUGCAUCCUGCGAAUCUUAUAUCAGAGCUAUGCGCAUCCUUCUACAGAUUGGGAUGGGUGACGGGCACUGGUGGAGGUAUCUGUAUUCGUACUGACGAUAAAGUGUACAUCGCCCCUUCAGGCGUACAGAAAGAGCGUAUCCAGCCUUCGCAUAUAUUCGUCCUUCCGUAUCCUCAGGCGGAGCCUUCACCACAUACCGAUAGGAUUUUCCUUCGUCGCCCAAAGUUGAACUUGAAAGAGUCUGCCUGCACCCCGCUCUUCUGGAAUGCUUUUACGAUUCGUAACGCUGGCUCGUGCAUACACACUCAUUCUCAAAAUGCGGUGAUGGCAACACUGCUCUGGGAGAAAGAGAAGAUGUUCAGGAUUUCUCAUCAAGUGUUCCGAAUUGGUGGUAACGGCUCGACCCUGUCAUACCUUGACACCCUCGAGGUCCCAAUCAUCGACAAUACUCCUAACGAGGAAGACCUGAAGGACAGCAUGAAAGAGGCCAUGGAGAAGUACCCCAGUGCCGCUGGUAUUCUCGUUCUGCGGCACGGUAUCUAUGUCUGGGGCGACGAUUGGCAGAAAGCCAAGACCCAAACAGAGUGUCUCGAUUACUUGUUGGAAAUCGGAGUUAAAAUGAAGUUGGCCGGUCUGCCGACGGUGCUCAAUGAAUGAGCGCUCGAGCUUUGUGUACAAUGUACAUACCCAGACCACGAGACUGCGGAAUAUUAGUGUAAUAGAACGCUUGACGACAUCAUUUUCGCUACUGCGGCCAUGAUGUGUUUCACAUAUGCAGACUUCAUUGCCGUUAAUACUGGUGGGUGCAGGGCACGACUUUAAGGAUAAGAAUACGAGAGGAAAUGCCGUUUCCCUCACCUUGGAAUGAAUGUCUAUCGUUAUGCCACCUCCUGUUUGGUACCGAGAUAUAGAUCUAGGCUGUCUACCGAAACGCCGACUGCACUG